AUGGCGAGCAAUUCUCCUCACGGUGGAGGUUUUCCAGGUGCCGGGGAUGAUUUCAAUCCCAUGACUCUACCCCCGAGGACCCGACCAUUCAUUCCCGAGAGGUACCGUCCGUCAGCACACGUCCUCCCUCGUGCUGUCUUCCGUCACUUUACCAGUUUUGACGAGCGAGCACCCGGGGAUCUGCUUCUCGGAGAGCCGGAGCAGCAUCUCUCUCACGAGGCCCGAGAGGGUGGUUCCCGCAGUGUACGAGGAUAUGGUUCCACUAUGGCGCGGGAUUGGUAUGCUGAGCUCCCGGAGGGCGUCAGAGACUUAGUAGACUUGGCGGGGUUUGGCCCCUUCUGUGUCGGGUUGUCACGCUGUCCUGCCAGGAGGACCUUGAUGGCAGCUCUGGUAGAGAGGUGGUGGGACACCACCAAUUCCUUUCAUUUCUCUGCUACCGGGGACAUGACCAUGACCCCUUUUGACUUUGCUGUAUUGACCGGCCUUGAUGUCGGAGGUUGGCCCAUCCCCUAUGAUGAGGAUAUGGGCGAGUGGGAGGCCGCCUGGAUGUAUUUGUUGGGGGCUCGCCCACCCGUUGAUAGGGUUUCAGGGAGAUUCAGAUACACUUGGUUCUCUUCCCAUUUUCGGCGGGCAGAGAUGGUGCCCGAGACUCCCGAGGAGACAGAGCAGUAUGCUCGUGGCUUCCUGAUGUUCCUCUUCGGGACUACCCUGUUCGCCGACAGAGGGAACACCAUUGGGCUAUACCUGUUGAGCGCUCUGGUUGACCUAUCACAGGUCAGUAGAUAUGAUUGGGGUGGCGCUGGCCUGGCUACCCUCUACUUUUACAUGAGCGCGACCUCCCGCGGGCGGGGCGAUUUGCUUGGGCAGCCCACAAAUUAA